UCUAUUUAUAUAUAGUAAAUAGAGUUUAUUUAUAAAGAUAGGAAUCUGAAAUUUUCAAAUAAUUAUUAUUUCAAGUCCCAUGAGAAGUUGACUGGUAUUUAUUUUCAUCAGCUGAUGCCUGUUGACAGUUUGCUCAUUGAGCCGUGAUAAAAAAUGGCAAUUCUUCCUCCUGAUCCGGCUUAUUUGUUGCGUGGUGACAUGGGUCCCGUCCACAGUCUUUUAUUUCGAGUUUCUCCUUAUGUUGAGCAUAUUUAUGCAGGAACUGAAAGUGGCAUAAUUCAUAUUUGGGAUUUAAAGAGGAAUCGAGAGAUAUAUAGAUUGACAAAAUUUGAGGAUCAAUGCCAGUCUUUGAAUUUUCUUAAUGACGAGUGUCUCAUAACGCAAAGAAAAACUGGUUCAUUUAAUAUCUGGAAUGCAGAUGGAUCUAAUUGGAUUCUUGACAAAACAAUUGAGACACAAGCAACGAGUUUUUGCAAGAGUAAGGUUCUUUCUGAGGACUCGAUAUUUGUUCCAUUGAGGAAUUCUGUAAUUGGAUUAUUUUCGUUGAAAUCUUCUGAAAUUGAGGUGGAAUUAGACUCACAAAAAUUGGCUGAAAGCGAAAUAAAACAACUCGGAGAAUUGAUGUCCAUUAAGCCUUGUGUUCAAGACCAAAAAUUAAUAUUGGCAGCUUAUGAAAGUGGCGACAUAGCUUUAUGGGAUUUGAGAAUGAAAAGUAUUUUAUCAUGGUUGAAAAUUGAACAGUGUCCAUUCAGUAUUGAUUUAGAUGAAACUUUAAAAUUAGGAAUUGUUGGCAGUUCUACAAAUAAAUUAGAGGUUUUUGAUAUUAAGAAAAACAAUUUGAAUCUCAAAACUGUGCUAACGAUAAAAAAUGAGGGUGUCGCUGUUGUUGCAUCAAGGCCUGAUUCCAAAGUAUUUACAACUGGAGGUUGGGAUGGUCGAUUACGAAUUUUCUCCUGGAAAUCAUUGAGGCCUCUGGCUGUUUUGGAUCAGCAUCGAGGUGGUAUUUAUGAUAUCGCAUACUCAGGUGGUAAAGUCGAGUCUUACAAUAGCAAAUGUUUGAUGGCAGCAACUGGUAAAGAUGGAGUUAUCUCUCUUUGGGACCUUUACAAUUGAAAAUUAUUAUUUACAAACAAAAAUUAAUUAUUAAAUUAAAGAACCACAUUUUCUACAUAUACAUAUAUUAUAUGAAAAACUGGUUUAAAAAGAAAAAGAAAGAAAAAGUACAAAGAGCCAAAGAUAAGUAUCCUUUUUACAAAAGCGUUAUUCUCUUGCCUUAUCUAGACUAGAAAAUAAAUCUUCUAGAAAAAAAUAAUGAGCAUCGAGAGCAAAACGCUACGACUGAAUUAUUAGUGAAUAUGGUCGCGAGGAAUAGAUCUUUAAAGUUCCAAAGUCCAAUAAUUUUUUACCUCAUAAACAAAAAGAGGAAAUUACAAUAUUAUUUCAUAAUAGAUGUCUAUAUUUUUACUAUGAGAAUUAUUAUUUCUUAGAUUUUGAGGAUAUCGACUGGACUGUUAACUAUAGUUAUGACUAUAGUUACUGAUUUAUAGUUUAGGAUAUUAAGGCUGUGCUGGUUUUCAAGUAUUUAUAUAGGAAUGGAACUUUGAAGAAUUAUUCAUUUAAAUAUGAAAGUGUAAAUUUCAAUUACAUUUCAUUUAAAAAUGAGGUAAAAAUUAGAUAAUUUUGAAUUAUGAAAAUUGUUAAAUAUGAACAAUGUUUACCUUAUUAAUGUUUCAGUUUAAUAAUGCAAAAUACUUGAACGUUUUUUUUUUUUUUUGAUACUUUUCUUUAAUUCAUGCUCCAAAAUCUGAUAUGUAUAUGUAAUAUAUUGAGAUACUAAAAGA